UCCUGCUCUUCCCUGGCCGUUUCCUGUAAUCGUACAGUGUUGUGAGACGGAGAAAGCCAUGUGUGUCGAUGCAAAGCUCUUCAUUUAGAAGUUGAGACAAACUGGACUGCACCUGUUUAGUUUCCAUCUUAGAGUUUUUUUAAUUGCUGUGCCCGUCUCCCCGUGUGGAGAGGGCAAGAUGGCAGAUCCUAUCAUGGACCUCUUUGAGGACACGCCCCUGUUUAACCUGGACGCCCUACCUGAUGACUCCUUCACUCAGGGCUCUUCUGACCCCGUGGAGGAGGCGCUUAAGCUGGCUUUGGGCCAAGUGGACCCACCAGCAGAGCCCGAGCUCCCAGUCAACACGGGCCUCAGUAUUCCUGUAGCAACUCCUGUCAUCCCUGACCCUGCCCCUGUUCCAGUCCCCACACAGCAGCCAGUGCCAGUGGUGACUGCUCAGACUGUUUCCAUAGCAGCAGCUCCCACUGUAGCCCCUGUCCCUGUUGAUACUGUACCUCAGAUCCAGCCCCAGACCACCAUACCCAUUGCCAGCAACACCAGCGUGGCCCCAAGUAGCACUGUCCUGCUAAGCUCACCUCUGACUGUUUCCACCACCACCACCGCCACCACGCCGCAGCUCACUCAGAUAACCCACCAGCUCACGCCUCAGCAGCUAGCUGCCAUCACGCAGCAGGCCGGGGGGAAAAUUGUCAUUCUCAAAGGUCCCCAGGGGCAGGCCCAGGUCCUGCAGACUGUCUCAGGGGCCACAGGCCAAACAAGUGGAAAGGUCAUUCGUGUGCUGUCUGGCACACCUCUGAAGCCUGGCAUGUCCAUUCUGCAGGGGGGCACGGUCCUGAAUCAGGCAAGCCCAGGACAAGCCCAAGUCAAGGUGGGCACUGCAGGGGUACAGAGGCUACUGCAGUCUCCCAACGGGCCCGUAAAACAGAUGCUGCUGACCACCGUGCCUCAGCAGACGCAAGGACAGCAGGUUCAGGUGCAGAUCCCGGCUCAGACACAGAUUGCUCAAGGCCAGACUCAAGUCCAAGUUCAGCCCCAAGCCCAGACUGCCCAGAUCCAGGUACAACCCCAGGCCCAGGCAGCUCAGAUCCAGGUCCAGACACCAGGUCAGGUGCAGCUCCAGCCCGCCAUGGCAGCCCAGACACCGGGUGCCGAGGCCAAGCGGAUCACCCUGGUUCUCCAGCAGCCCUCCCAGACUGCUGCUCCAUCGGGCCAAGCUGUGGCGGCCCAGCAGCAGGUCACUCAAGUCCAGCAAGUUCAGGCAGCUCAAGCAGGCCAACAGCAGCAGGCCCAGGCCCCAGCUAGACUGGUGCUGGGUCAGCUCCCUGGAGGAAAACUGGUGCUCCAAGGAAGCCAGCUCGCAGCCCUGACCCAGGCUCGGGCUGGAGGACAAGCUGGAGGGCAGCCCAAAGUCCUCACAAUUCAGCUGCAGGUGCAGCAGCAGCCCAACCAACAAGGAGGAGUAAAGUACCAGCUGGUGUCAGGUGCUGGAAACACCGGCAGCCCACAGGUGUUGCAGAUCUCACAAGGCCAAGGAGGACAGAGAGUCGCAGUGCCACUCAAAAUGCUCCUGCAGCCACAGACGAGCUCGGCAACCUCGGCGGGGGGAACAGUCUCUGUGGUUAAGGUCAUCAACUCGUCUGCAGGACCCUCAACUACAACCACCACUCCGUCCCAGGCCAUCCGCAUCACCAAAGCCCCCGGCGACUCCGCCCCUGUGCGACGGGUGGAGAUCCUGUGCAAGCAGGAGAAAGCGAACCGCAUCGUAGCUGAAGCCAUCGCCCGGGCCAAAGCACGCGGUGAGAAGAAUCUUCCCCGAGUCCUGAACCAGGACGAGCUUCCAUCGUCACAGACCUCCCCGGAAGCAGGAGGCACCGUGACCGUGGUGUCUGCCGCGAAGAAAAAGAGCAGCGGAGGAGGAAGCAAGAAAAAGAGUCCCGUAGCUGGAGCAGCAACGCCCAAAACGCCAGGAGGGGGUGACAAAAAAGGCAAAGUAAAGAUGCCAGGAGGACCAACAGGAGUGGUUGGAGGCACAGUAACGCCUGGAGCAGGGAACAAAAGCAAGAGCAAGACUAAGACAAACACUAUAACUCUUGUGGGAGCAAAAAAGAGAAAGAGAAAUGCGUCCUCAGAUCACUCUGAUGGGGAGAUGAGCCCUGCCUCACCUGCUGCACUGGAGGAGGAUCUGAUUACGAAGAGGCGCUCCAAUCGUGUAGUAAAAAGGAAGAAAUACACAGAAGACCUGGACAUUAAGAUAACGGAUGAUGAGGACGAGCAGGAAGAUAUAGAUGUUACUACGACCGCGGCUGCCGUGGCCUCCAUCAGUGGUGGGACGGCAGCGCAGCUUAAGCAGGAGUUGGAGCUGGAUGUGGACGGGCAGCCCAGCAUGCAGUUCUUUGUGGAAAACCCAAGUGAAGAAGAUGCUGCUAUUGUGGACAAAGUUCUCUCAAUGAGGCUGACAAAGAAGGAGGUGUCACCUGGCCAGUACACAAACGUCGAGGAAUUCUUUGUCAAAUACAAGAACUAUUCAUACUUACACUGUGAGUGGGCCAGUUUGGAGCAGCUGGAGAAAGAUAAGAGGAUCCAUCAGAAGAUCAAGAGGUUUAAGACCAAACACGCACAGAUGAGGCACCUCUUCCAGGAGGAGGAGGAGCCUUUUAACCCUGACUAUGUGGAGGUGGACCGGAUCCUGGAUGUGUCCCACAGCGUGGACAAGGACAACGGAGAGCCUGUUGUCUACUACCUGGUGAAGUGGUGCUCUCUGCCUUACGAGGACGCCACCUGGGAGCUGAAGGAAGACGUAGACGAGGGAAAGGUCGAGGAGUUUGGCAAAAUUGCAAAUCGACAACCUCGCCUGAAGAGAACGCCACGGCCGCCUGCUGCUUCAUGGAAGAAACUGGAGGAGACCAGAGAGUACAAAAAUGGAAACACGCUCAGAGAGUAUCAGCUGGAAGGAGUCAACUGGCUUCUCUUCAACUGGUACAACAGGCAGAACUGUAUCCUGGCGGAUGAAAUGGGUCUGGGUAAGACGAUCCAGUCCAUCGCUCUGUUAUCUGAGGUUUACUCUGCUGGAAUUCAGGGCCCUUUCCUGGUCAUCGCUCCCCUCUCCACCAUCACCAACUGGGAGAGGGAGUUCUCCACAUGGACCCACAUGAAUGCCAUCGUCUACCACGGCAGCCUGGCCAGCCGACAGAUGAUCCAGCAGUAUGAGAUGUACUGCAAGGACGACAAGGAGCACUUGAUUCCAGGUGCCUACAAGUUUGACGCCCUCAUAACCACCUUUGAGAUGAUUUUAUCUGACUGCCCCGAGCUGAGGGAGAUCUCCUGGCGCUGCGUGAUCAUCGACGAAGCUCAUCGCCUCAAGAAUAGAAACUGCAAACUGUUGGACAGUUUGAAGAUGUUGGAUCUGGAACACAAAGUGCUAUUGACAGGCACUCCUCUUCAAAACACUGUGGAGGAACUCUUUAGUCUGCUUCAUUUUCUGGAGCCUGCUCAGUUCCCCUCUGAGACUGAAUUCCUGAGAGACUUUGGAGACCUCAAAACAGAGGAACAGGUUCAGAAGCUGCAGGCCAUCUUGAAACCCAUGAUGUUACGAAGGCUCAAAGAGGAUGUCGAGAAGAACUUGGCACCCAAACAGGAGACCAUCAUUGAGGUUGAGUUAACGGACGUCCAGAAGAAGUACUACCGGGCCAUCCUGGAGAGGAACUUCAGCUUCUUGAGUUUAGGAGCAAACAGUAACAGUAAUGUCCCCAACCUGCUCAACACAAUGAUGGAGCUGCGCAAGUGCUGCAACCACCCCUACCUCAUCAAUGGCGCGGAGGAGAAGAUCGUAGCGGAGUUGCGGGAGGUGUACGACCCCCUGGCUCCCGACUUCCAUUUGCAGGCCCUCAUUCGGUCGGCCGGCAAACUGGUGCUGCUGGACAAGCUUCUGCCUCGCCUCAAGGCAGGCGGCCACAAAGUGCUCAUCUUCUCCCAGAUGGUGCGCUGCUUAGACAUUCUGGAGGACUACCUCAUUAACAAGAGAUACCUGUAUGAACGUAUUGAUGGCAGAGUGCGUGGGAACUUACGACAAGCUGCCAUUGAUCGCUUCAGUAAACCUGACUCAGACAGAUUUGUCUUCCUGCUGUGUACCCGUGCUGGUGGCCUGGGUAUUAACCUCACUGCUGCUGACACCUGUGUCAUAUUUGACUCUGACUGGAACCCUCAGAAUGACCUGCAGGCGCAAGCACGGUGUCAUCGUAUUGGCCAGUCUAAAGCUGUCAAAGUCUACCGUCUGAUCACAAGGAACUCCUAUGAGAGGGAGAUGCUGGACAAAGCAAGUUUAAAGCUCGGCCUGGACCGCGCUGUCCUGCAGAGCAUGAGUGGAAAUAAAGACAAAGACAAUGUCAACGGGAUCCAGCAGUUCUCAAAGAAGGAGAUUGAGGACCUGCUGAGGAAAGGAGCCUACGCUGCCAUCAUGGAUGAGAACGAUGAGGGCAGUCGCUUCUGCGAGGAAGACAUCGACCAGAUCCUUCAGCGAAGAGCCACCACCAUCACCAUUGAGAGCGAGGGCAAAGGAUCCACGUUCUCCAAGGCCAGCUUUGUGGCCUCUGAGAACCGCAAUGACAUCGCUUUGGAUGAUCCUGAAUUCUGGCAGAAGUGGGCAAAGAAAGCCGACAUAGACAUGGACACCAUCAACCGAAAGAACACCCUCGUCAUUGACACCCCUAGGGUGCGAAAACAGACACGUCAGUACUCCAGUCUACGAGGUGAAGGUGGAGACCUGUCUGAUCUGGACAGCGAUGAUGAGUAUCCUCCCGCCAACUCCAGACAGUCACGUGCCUCCCGACGUGCCGACCGCCACAGUGGAGGGGGAUAUGGACGCACAGACUGUUUCCGGGUGGAGAAACACCUGCUUGUCUACGGUUGGGGUCGCUGGAGGGACAUUUUGUCCCAUGCUAGAUGUAAACGCCGUCUGAGUGAACGUGACGUUGAGACGAUCUGUCGUGUCAUUCUUGUGUUUUGUUUGCUCCAUUACCGGGGAGAUGAAAACAUCAAGAGUUUCAUCUGGGAGCUCAUCACACCGCCUGAGAACGGACGUGAACCCCAGACACUACUCAACCACUCUGGUCUGUCUAUCCCCGUUCCAAGAGGCAGGAAGGGUAAGAGGGUAAAGGCUCAGAGCACAUUCGACGUUCAGAAGGUGGAGUGGAUCCGUAAAUACAACCCGGACACUCUGCUUCUCGAUGACAGCUACCGCAAACACCUCAAACACCAGUGCAACAAGGUGUUGCUGAGGGUACGAAUGCUCUACUACCUGAAACAGGAAGUCAUUGGUGAACAUUCAGACUCUGUCCUGAAAGGGGCUGACAUCAGGGAUCUUGACAUCUGGAUGCCUGAGAUGGAGCAGCAGGAGGUUCCUGCAAGAUGGUGGGAUGCAGAGUCCGACCGCUCCCUGCUGGCAGGUGUAUUUAAACAUGGUUAUGAGAUGUACACCACCAUGCGUGCUGAUCCGUGCCUCUGUUUCAUGGAGAGAUGUGGUCGGCCUGAUGACAAGGCCAUCGAUGCUGAGCAGCACACUGGUGAUCCAGAGAUGGGAGACGAUGCUGACUAUGAUAAAUACUCGGAGGAUCCAGAGUUCAAGCCUGCAUCAAGACAUGCCAAAGAUCUUUUCGAGGAGCCUGACUCCAUGAACGUUGACGAUGAGAUCUCCGUGGAGGAUAAGGUGGCACCAGUGAUUGUAGAAAACACAUCCAGCCUGAGCAGCUCUUGUGAUUGGCCAUCCAGCUCGUCACUUACAGCGCGACUGCGGCGGCUCAUCACUGCUUUCCAGCGCAGCUACAGACAGGAGCAGCUGAAGAUCGAAGCCGAGGCUAAGGGCGACCGCAGACGCAGGCGGUGUGAACAGGCCAGUAAGCUGAAGGAGAUUGCACGGCAGGAGCGCCAGCAGAGGUGGACACGGAGGGAAGAAUGCGACUUCUACCGUGUGGUGUCAACUUUCGGUGUGGAGAAGAUAAAGAAGGAGUCGGGUCUUCAGGAGAGUGCUGACCCUGAAUUUGACUGGAGCCGUUUCCGAACCUUUGCUCGUCUGGAUAAAAAAACAGACGAGAGCCUCAGCCGUUACUUCCGCUCUUUUGUUGCCAUGUGUCGAAGAGUUUGCCACCUGCGCCCAGGCCGGGAUGAAGAUCCAUCAGAGCCCACCACCACUGUUGCCCCGAUCACAGAGGAGCGUGCUUCCCGUACCCUUUACCGUAUCAGCCUCCUACGACGCCUUCGAGAGCGAGUCUUGCCUCAUCCCUCCCUGGAGGAGCGUCUUCCUAUGGCCCCGCCUAGCUCCGAGUUGCCUGCCUGGUGGAACAUACCGGACCACGAUCGACAGCUGAUGUUGGGUGCUGCGCUGCAUGGCGUGAGCCGCACUGAGCUCUCCAUUUACUCAGACCCACAGUUCACCUUCGUUCAGGCUCGGGAAGACUUCAUCCAGAACCAGCAAGCCCCUCCACCUCCACCUCCACCUCAGGGACCACCCAUGAUGUCCCUCUGCCAGCCGAAGACUGAGGAGGACAUGCUGGGUGUGAAGGAGGAGGGGGUUGAAGAGGAGGCUCAGCUGCUUGGAGGUCCGAUCAGCACCAACCUGCAAAGUACGCCUUUGAGUCACCAUGAUGGUAAAGUAGCGGGGCAGGGCUGGAGCCUGAAGAGGAACAAGAUAAAGGUUGGAAAAUCAGGAAGGAAAGUAGAGGGAGGCUCGGAUUCAGAUUCUGAUUCAGAUUCUGGAUCAUCUUCAUCUGACCGAUCAGGCAGCAGUGAUGACAGUGGGGAGAGCGAGGAGGAGACAGACGGACGCAUGAAGCUCUGUGAUGCAGAUGAAGAGAACAGUUUACUGUCGAUGACUCCCUCUCAGGACGGUAUUCCUCCUCCUGAUCCACUCAGAGUGGACUGGCCCAAGGACCGCAUCUUGAUCAACCGUCUGGACAAUUUGUGCACGUUGGUGCUGAGCGGUCAGUGGCCCUCAGGGCGACGUUAUGUAUCCGAGGCUCAGCUAAACCCCAGCUCAGAGCUGGUGGGAGAUGAGAUGGCUUACACGAGGGUGAUGCGUAAACCCAUCGGCACACCUGGUGGCCCCGGGGCUGAUGGAGACGACGGAGAAUUCACUGUGAAGCUCCUGAAGGAGGAGGGGCUGAAGCUGACCUUCUCCAAACAGGCUCUGCUGCCCAACGGCUCAGGAGGAGAGAGCAGCAGUCGCAAGAAGCGAAAGGACCAAGAAUUUUCUGACCCAGAUGGGCUCCAUGACCCACUGGAGCGGACUCCUCGGCGCAGGGACCCUCCCACCUGGUUGAAGGAGAACCCAGAUUAUGAGGUUGAGGGAGACAUGCUGGAGCUUCUGGUGAAUAGGAGCAAGAGGAAGAGGAGGAGGAGGGCAGAUAAAGCUCUGACGGGCAGUGAGAAGGUCAAAGUCAUCAACAUGAGGACAGGAAAGAAGGUUGGUGCUGCUUUCUGUCCAAUGCUGCAAGAUCUGAGGGAAUACCUGGAGGAGAAUCCUGACAACGCUGUAGCACCUGAGUGGUCUGAUGCUGUUAGAAACUCUGGUUUCCUGCCUGAGACCUUCUUCCAUCGACUGCUGACCGAGCACUCGGAGAUCCCCAAGAAGAGCCGACGCCGGCAUCACCACCACCACCACCAUCAUCACCACACUCCAGAGCCCACACCAGAAGAGCCCACCCUUGAUGGAGUGGAGGAGACGCUGGUCUCAGACGGAGCCUACAUGAUGGACGAGGAGGACCUGGAGACCUCCCAUCACUUUCUUACCAGUCCGGACUUUGACGUUAAAAUGGAGGGCGGCGACAGCCUCUCUCAAGGGGACUAUGACAGCUCAGAUCAAGAGGCGCUAUUAGACGAUGUGAUUAUGGCACAGAAAAGCUCCGACUCCUCGUCAAGCUCCGAGGAUUGACUUAACCCCUGACCACACCAGACUGUCUCAGACAUGAAUCAUGUUAUUCCUCAUCAUUUAUUUUUACCAUGUUAUGUAUCAAAUUAUGGAUGACUGUUUUUUUUUUUGUUGCUACUUUUAUUCAUUUAUUUUAUAUAGGAUUUUUCCAUGAAUGGAGCAGCUUUGCACCCAUCUAUUUUCUUUUUCAUCAUUGCAAUUGUGUCGUCUCCUCGACCCUCCUCUAACCUUUGACAAAAUGGCAAAAAGCUGAGCUUUCUUACUUCAUGAUUUGUCAUUCUCCUCCUCUUCCUCUGAAGAUUUUCUUUCCCAUCACAUUCCCAGCCAUGACCAAAAGGAGACCCCUGCUGUACAGACUCCCUUUUCUUAUCUGAGAACCUCAACGCUGGUCCUCUAGCGCUACAUGAAACUGGACAUAUGUACCGCAGAGCCCGGAUCCAGAUCCCACAAUCCCCUGCUCUCAUCUGGCCAUGUGUUUGGCAUCCAGAUGAGUCUGUGAACUGAAAAGGGGACCUGUGUGUGGAAGUACUGUU